CUUUUGCUGCAUUUCUCCCUUGUUCUCCUUCAUUUUGCUGUUUCUUUUUUCUAAAACCUCAAAAAUAUUUGCGUAUUCUUCUUCAUAUUUACUGAUCAAGUCUAACAUUGAUUGUUAGAACAAUUUACGAUAAAUAACGAGAAAUGAACACUCAUUUUUAAAUCAAAUGUGUUUUUAAUAGUUUUGAAUUGUGUACCUCACGUUUUAUGCAAAUUUACACGACUCUUAUUGACGGUAACCUCACAUAGCAUUGAAAAUGUUCCGAUUCCCUUGAACGCGUCUCAUGUUAAACGUCAAGAAUGUUGGGUCAGUAGGUAAAAUAAUCUGACGAGAGAAAGACGAACUUUCCCCUCAUGAAUGGAUACGAUGACCUGCGGUCAUGCAUGCCGCCAGGCCUUAAAUAGUCUGCGCUUCCUUUUCUGCCACCCCAGCCCUUGAACCCAUGUGCUUUCACUAGGCGGAGGCUUGUCCUCCUCCUCGUCUUCAUUUCUUCCCACUGCCCCCAUCACUCCCAGAGUUCCCUAUGUUAACUCUCUUGAGCAUGUUUUACUAUAUCUGUCUGCGGCGACGCUCCAGGAGUGGGACUCGAGGUGAGGCGCUGACCAGUCGACGUGCUGUGGAGUCUGGUCAGCGAGCUGUGUUGCCAGUCAGUGUGGAGGUGGAGCAGUAUGCCAAAGAGGUAUUGGACUUCAGCUCUCACUAUGGCAGUGAGAACAGCAUGUCGUACACCAUGUGGAACCUGGCAGGAGUUCCCAAUGUGUACCCCAGCUCUGGGGACUUCACCCAGACAGCAGUAUUCAGAGCGUACGGGACAUGGUGGGAACAAUGUGCCAGUGCUCCACCACCUUUUCGACGCACUCCCAAAGGUUUUUACAGCCAGGAUUAUAUUGAGCUGGGCUUUGAGGAGCCUGUUUACCCCACAGCUGUGGAAGUGCUGGAGACCUAUUACCCAGGAGCUAUUGUUCAGAUUCUGGCCUGCUCACAUAACCCCUUCUCCCACACUCCACCCACCGAUGUCAGAUGGGAGGUGCUGUGGUCAGGAGAGCCCACCAAGGUGCUGACGCCUCAGGCACGCCAGUUUUCACCAAACAUCAAGCACAUCAGCUUCCCCACCAACCUGCUGCGCCUGGAGGUCAACAGUUCUCUGCUGGACUAUUACACAGAGCUGGAUGCUGUGAUCCUGCGUGGGGUGAAAGAAAGACCAAUGUUGGCGCUCUACAAGAUGCCGGUCAUUGACAUCAAUGACCUGAGUGACAGUGAGGAGGAUCUGUCUGAGGUGGGAGGUCUGUUCAGAUCAGGAGGUGAUGGCAAGCACCACAGGACGGGGAACGGAUACUUCGACAAACUUCCCUAUGAGCUCAUUCAGCUGAUACUGAGUCACCUGACCCUUCCGGACCUCUGCCGUCUGGCCCAGAGCUGUAAGCUGCUGCACCAGCACUGCUGUGACCCGCUGCAGUACACCCAGCUGAGUCUGCAGCCCUACUGGGCGCGGCUGAGUGACGCCUCCUUGGGACACCUGCAGGGUCGAUGUACCCUCCUCCAGAGGCUCAACCUGUCCUGGACUGGCAACCGCGGAGCUCUCACCCUGAGCAGCUUCAGCAGCUUCAUGAAGGUCUGUGGCCUCAGUCUGGUUUGCCUAGAACUUUCCUGCUGCCAUUUCCUGAAUGAAGCAUGCCUGGAAGUAGUCAGCCAGACUUGCCCAGGUCUGCAGGAGCUCAACCUGUCUUCCUGUGAUCGACUCAACCCGCAGGCCUUCACCCAUAUCUCCAAACUCACUCGCCUCCGUAGGCUGGUCCUCUACCGUACUAAGAUAGAGCAAACCGCUAUCCUGAGCAUCCUGACCUUCUGCAUUGAGCUGCGGCACCUAAACUUGGGGAGCUGUGUGCGGAUUGAAGACUAUGACACGGUGGCAAGCAUGCUGGCUGCUCGCUGUCGGUCUCUGGUCUCUCUGGACCUGUGGCGCUGCAGGAACCUGACUGAUCGGGGCCUGAAUGAGCUGGUGUCAGGCUGCAGGUUGUUGGAGGAGCUGGACCUGGGCUGGUGUCCCACCCUGCAGAGCAACACGGGGUGUUUCCAGCAUCUUGCUCGCAGUCUCCCUCGCCUAAGGAAAUUCUUCCUCACUGCCAACCGCACUGUCUGUGACUCGGACAUCGAGGAGCUGGCCGCCAACUGUCCGUCGCUGCAGCACCUGGACAUACUGGGUACGAGGCUAGUGAGCGCCGCAUCACUGAAGAAGCUUCUGCAGGCCUGUCCGAAACUCCUGCUGCUGGACGUCUCCUUCUGCUCCCAGAUUGACAUGCGGGUGGUUCUAGAACUCUCUGGCCUUUAUCCCAACCUGUCCAUCAAGAAGAGUUUCACUCACUGACCUCACCCACAAGACUCCAUCAUGAUGCCGAGGUGCUUGCUUUCACCUCUGGGGUCGUCCCUCAUGGUGAACCUUCAAGAGCAGUGGAGGAGGGCCAGCUUGUUUUUGUUUUAUAUUUUUAGAUAUUUAUGAAUCAGGGUUGUGGCUGGGGAGCAGCUUCAUAUUUCCAAAAAAAAAAGCUAAAAACCUAACAAAGAAAGAAGCGUAUUUAUUGUCGAUGUCAGUAAACAUGAAAUAUAUGCUCACUACAGAAUGCACGCCACCUUCAGUAACCACAUGCAAGUGUAACUGUCUAUCAAGUGUGAGAGUGGAGACCUGGAGCUCUGAGUGAUAAAGGCUAUUUCUUUGAAUGUUCUAGAGCACUGGAUCAAGUGGGUUGGAUUCAGACUCACCUGUCAUUACUUUCUAGUGUCAGUGUUGCAAACCAAACAGAAUUCUUUUGUUUUUUACUCUAUGCCUGCCUGAGUAAUUGGGAUGAAAGAGAGCAGUUCUGAUCUCCUCUGGUCAAGUUCGAGGAAAAGAUACAUAUGGGGUCUUUUAAUUUUUCACAAGUCACAAUUUGCAUCAGUUAUUGAAGAUUUACCUGAAGAAAAUAAUAAUUUUUAUGAAUUAUUUUUGACCUCAGUCUGUAUUGGAAAAAUGCAUUUACUUUCUAACUUGUAUUACCAUGUUUUUUCUUUUGAAUCUCCAGUUUAAAUUCAGAGAAACUGAGAAUCCAGUUUGAAAAAUAAUAGAGAAAUUCAUAUACAAUGAAAGAGCACACCGGCAUGUAACAUUUUCUUUUUAAUUAUUACGUUUUAGGUUAAAUACAAGUCAUUCACUUUUGUUAUUUGUAAUGAAAAGGAGGUUGUAUUGUGAGUAGAAUUAUCGUACAUUUUGCUUCCAUUAGGAGCAAAGACGCUCGCCAGCCCUGUGUUCUCGACAUCACUGGCUUUUGUCUGUUUGUCUCAUGAGCGCAGCAUGUCCGACUGUCCACUGACCACUCAGGGCUCCUCUGCCUGAUGAACUCGCCACAGAUGCCGAUGCAAUUCUCUUCGUGUUGCACGAGACUGUAUUGCUAUUGAUUUUUAGAAUAUUUAAAACCUCAUUUUUGUAUUGUCUCCAGAAAAAAAAACACUUGAAAUUUUGUUCGGCAACUAUUUAUUUGUGCCUUAUUCUGUUUAAAUGCUGCGUUUGCUUUAGACUACCAAAGUGAUUUGAGAAACAAUUCAGAAAAAGUGACUUCUGGUCAGUUGUGUGGGUGAAUAAGCAAGUCUUUUAUUUUUCUUUUCUGUGUGACACGAGCAGUAGACUUGUAGAACUCUUGGUGUGUUUGCCAUGAAGAGCACAAAGACUUCUGGGACUUUUUUUUAUUAUCCAUUAUGACCCAACAAAUGCUUUUGCCACUCAACAAAAUUAAUAAAAAUAAGCAAAAAUAUUUCAACUGCACUUCUCAGUUUUUAUAAUAUUUAUGGAUUUAUGGAUGCAUUGAGCACAAAGUCUGAAAAGUUCAGCCAUUGCUGCCUCAUUACUCUAAUCUAGAAUUUUGAGCUUAAAAAAUAUUUCUCUUCUUCUAAAUAUUUCUCCUAGUUUCAGAGUCCUGCUAGUCUUUAUGUGUUGCUUUGUUUUGUCGUCCCAAGCUGUGGAAACGCACACACGCACACCUUCAGUCAUGAGGGCUGAAACAGAUUUAGAUUUCAUCAGAAUGUUAAGACAAUAACUGCGACAAACGUGCUCAUUUUCUACUCAGCAUUUGUUUCUCAGUUCAGUCCUGAGAUGAUGGAUGUUCCCCCCUUUUCUCUCUCUCCCUCACCUUUGUGCCAACCACCACACAGUCUUGUUUUUCACUUCCACCCAACCUAGAAUAAACAAAAGUUUAUAUGGAGUCUGCAGCGAAAUUGUUUCCUGUGCAUCAGGCCUCAGUGUAUCUGUCUGGUUAGAGUGUGUGUUCUGUGUGAGUUCAUCUGUCUCCUGUCUUUUCUGUCUCUUGCCGACGUUGAGUGUGUAUCCUGUUUAAUUGGAACUGAAUCUGUCUGUCUUUCUGUUGCUUUCUGUUAGUCUAUUCAUUUUUCUGAUUUUCUGUUUGUAUAUCUUCGUCCCUUACGUGUUUUUCAGUUCAGUCUUUUUUUAUUCAUCCAUAUAAAUGUCCUUUUUCAUAUUUUAAUAGAUCUCUCAAUCGCUCUAAAGCUGAGUUAA